GUUCGACUUAACCAUCUGAUACCAUUUAGGAUCCGGAGCCGCCUUUUUGCAAUCCAUCUUCCCGUCGCGUUUCACGAUUGAAUACCAAAUCGAGCAGCGGAUCCCGGCGACUGCGCUACUAAGGAAUGAGUUCGUGACACAUUGAUUGCAUAUCCUUUGUGAGAGUUGACGUUGUUUAAAUUUUAUUCUGGGCGCUCAGUACAUUUUGCCAUCCAUCAUGGAGAUACAAACCUGUGGCAAGCCAAUAGAUUCUCUACUUGAGAAAGUCCUUUGCAUGAAUAUUUUAUCGUCUGAUUAUUUCAAGGAGCUCUAUCGAUUGAAGACAUACCAUGAAGUUAUUGAUGAGAUUUACAAUCAAGUUGAUCACGUGGAGCCUUGGAUGACAGGAAACUGUCGUGGUCCUUCAACUGCAUUCUGUCUUCUUUACAAGUUUUUUACUAUGAAGCUUACUGUCAAACAAAUGCAUGGACUGUUAAAACACCCUGAUUCUCCUUACAUAAGAGCUAUUGGCUUUCUCUAUUUGAGAUAUGUUGCUGAUCCAAAGAGUCUGUGGAACUGGUUUGAGCCCUAUGUGAAAGAUGAAGAGGAAUUUUCUCCUGGAUCUAACGGACGCAUGACAAAAAUGGGUGUAUAUAUCCGUGACUUACUCCUUGGACAGUACUACUUCGACACACUCUUUCCCCGCAUCCCUGUUCCUGUAAUGCGACAGGUUGUAUCAAAUCUCGAGAAAUUGAAGCUCCCUACCACGCAUUCUGGUUCAACUGGGGAAUGCACCGCCACCCGCCAUGGUUCUGAUGAGACUGCCCGCAGACCUCCUUCUGUGAAAGCUGCCCUCUCAGUCUCAUUUGGUCAGCGGGCUCCACAUCGUGCUUCGACAAGGGACUCAUCCCCUGUUCGCCGAACUUUACCUGGUCCAUCUCAUGAGAGGAAUGGCAGUGAAGAACGAAGAUCUCCAAGCAGCCGACGCAGUGGAAGCCAUGAAUAUUAUGAAAGGGAUCAGGAGAGGGAAAGGGACCGUGAUCGCUCUCGAUCUAGGGACAGAAACAGGGUUCGGGAUUAUGAUAGGGACAGGGACCGGGAGAGGGAGAGGGACAGAAGGUACUGUGAUCGGGAUAGAGAUCGAGAGAGGGAUAGAGACAGGAGGACAGGGCGAGAGAGGGAUAGAGAGCGGAGUUAUGAUUAUGAUAGGAGGUCUAAGUAUGGAGAGAGAGAAAGUAGCCGUGAUUAUGACUACAGAAGGCACGAUGGUAGUAGGCACUAUCGCAGUCAGAGCAGGAGCCGGAGUAGGAGUAGAAGUCAGAGCUUGCAAGCUGGCCCAGCUCGGUUGGAGACCCAUUCUAGUCCACAGAGGGACGGAGGCAAGGACAAGACAUCGGCUUCCAGUAAUCUAGCUAAACUAAAAGAUAUUUAUGGUGAUUUAAGUGAUAACAAACGUGAUGCCAACACUGAAAGAAUUCCUGGGAGGGAUAACGGAGGCGAAGAGGUAAUUAGACUCGGUGGUUCCACCUGGAAAUACUGAAACAUUUCAUGGAACGCUAGUUGUGUGUUGGAUUACUCUUUGCAAGAAAAUAUAUUGGACCUUUUCCCUUUGUAGCUGCUUCCAUUUGUUGACUGAGAUUUAGACUGACGCUGUCGCUAUGUUAGCAUAUUUAGUUUGACAAGGGGAGACUGUAACAUUAAAAUUUAAACAUAAUUUUCGCUCUGCUA